AUGCCUCCACGGCAAGUAGCUGCUGUGCCCGAUGGAUUGGAAAGUGGAAAAGAUUUCCCCAUUGUCUGCGACGUCUGCCUUGGGCCAAAUCCCUACAUCCGAAUGAUCAAGCAAGUGAAUCAUAAGGAAUGCAAGGUAUCGGGCCGCGUCUUCACCUCCUUCCGCUGGCGCCCGGGUGCCGGUGCCAGGUACAAGGAGACAGUGAUCUGUCCUGAGGUUGCCCGUGCAAAGGGAGUUUGUCAGUGUUGCCUGAUGGACAUGGAGUUCAACUUGCCGGUUGGUCUCCGUGACGCAUUGCUGCGAGGCACCGAUGAAGGCGACAACUUCGCCCCUCAGUCCGGUGUGAACCAGACCUACCACUAUGACCAGGUUGCCAAGGCGAACAGGGAAGAUGUUGAAGCCAGCUAUGGGAAGAUGGCGAAUGAGAAGUUGUUGAAGAUGGCGAGAACCAGCCCGUAUUAUGACAGAAAUCUUCCAAAGCUCUGCUCGUUCUGGUUGAAAGGUCAGUGUACACGAGUCGUGGAGAACACAUGCCCCUUCAGACCGUGCUGCGGGUCGUAUCGUUUCCCAGAGUUGGCCGGAAGCAAUCCAGAAGGAAUGAAGACCCUGAUAGCAGCGUUGGAUCAGCUGGGUCCGUUGAAGGUGAUGAAGGACAACUCACAAGAAAUGGAAGAGAUCAAGGAGCAGCUCAGAUCUUCUCAACGUGGAAGUCGCGAUCAGAAUAUUCGCGACAGAUACCACGGAGUUGAUACGCUGACACAGAAAUACCUCGGCAAGGCCGAGCAGCUCGGACUCGAACCUCCAGAGGACAAAAGUAUCACGACGAUCUGGGUCGGGUUGGUUCCAGGAAACCCAGUGACAGAGAGGGAUGUGAUGGAUCAGUUCUAUGCAUACGGAGAAGUGAAGUCUGUUCAGAUCGUACUGGACGCCAACUGUGCUUUCGUCACCUACACCACCCGCGAGGCGGCGGAACAAGCGGUAGAGAAGCUGCACGGCAAUCUGACAAUCAAUGGCUUGAAGCUCAAGAUCCAGUGGGGCAAACCUCAGCGAGCAAGAGGACCGGAGGGCAUCGGUGGCGUUCCUCAGCUCCCCACUGCUUACCCGAUGGCUCCUGUUGCCCCUGGAGCUCCGAUGCCCUACAUUGCGCCCUAUCCUCAGUCGAAUUUGCCUCCUCCGCCCCCUGGCAAACCUCCUCCUCCCCCUCCUCCUGGGUCUGGAAUGCCGAGACCGGUCUAUCCUUCCAUGGAUCCGUCAUUUCAUGGGACGCGACCGGAUCGUCUGCCUCCUCCACCUCCGGGAAGGCCGCCUCAAAAGAAGUGA